ACUCUAAAUUUAAUGAUAGAUAGUUUAAUAGAUAAAUUUGGAAGUAUAGUGCCAAAUACUCUUGUUUUAAUCAGUUAGUCGUGAGUGAUAUUAGUGUAAUGAUAUUUUGAAAUAAAAAACUACAUUAUCAAACUGUGUUGCAGAAAAGGAAGUGGACGAUGAUUUACCACCCCAUACCAAGUACUGGUUAACUGCCACGUCUAGAAAUGAUUGCUUCUUUGUCUUGGGGACAGAAUUAGGACACACUGAAAGGAUCGGAGCAAUAAAGGUCUUGCUAUUUGCAUACAGUGAACCUUUACGGAACAUGCUAGGUAACAGUGAAUUGGCUGAACAGGGAGAUGUGAGAGUCGUAGAUAUUGAGCCUGAAACUUUCUGGAAUUUCAUGAAAUGUGUUUAUGGAGGCAGUAGUGUUGUGAUCCCAAAACUUUCGUUUUGUGACAGUGUCAAUUUGCUUUACGUAGUGGAAAAGUACUUAGUUACAGAGAUAAAACCAACAGUUGUGUCACAUAUUCUAGACUUGCUUCCAAAGGACUUUGACAAUAUAUUUUUUGCAAUUUCAAAUUCAUUUUGUUAUUCACAUGAGAAAAUAAGGAAAUUGACUAUGGAAAUUUUGGGAACCAAAAUGGACCAAAUUGUUUCUUCCAAAAAGUUUCUGCAGCUUAGUGCUGAAGCACUGUUGUUAAUUGUAGAAACAGACUGUUCUAAUAUAAGUGAACCCAGUGUUUGGGAGGCUGUGGUCAAGUGGGCAAAACACACUACAGAUUCAGACGAUGGAGAGGUUUUGAGAAAGCAAAUACUUCCACAUCUGAAAUUUAUACGUUUCUGCACUUUCACCUGUGAAGAAUUUUGUGAAAAAGUAGUCCCGACUGGCAUACUGACUUGUGAAGAAGUGAAUGAAAUAUGUAAGUUUUUUGGUACUAGAAGUACAAUAAUGCUAAAAAGUGUUUCUGAUUCAGUUGAUUCUCGAUGUAAAAUGGAAGUCAAUAAAACAUUUGUUUAUACUGUAAAUGAUAUUAAAAACCUGCCUACUGAACAAGAAUCUCCCAAAUUCUUUUUCGAGAAUUACUUAUGGAAUAUAUCUUUGAGAAAAAAUGGAUGGAACUUAGGUGACUUCGGUUUUUUUCUGAAAUGUAAAGGAUACUCAGAAGAUUGUUGGUCGAUUAAUUUAAAUUUUAAAUUUAUUCUUUUUAACCAAGAAGGCAAGCCAAAUUUUAUGAGACACAUAAGAAAUACAUUUAACCAAAAUAAACGUAUCAGUGGGUUAAGCUCAUUCUAUCCUUGGGAUAAACUGAUGGAUGAUUCAAAUGGAUUUGUAAAAGAUAACACUAUUAUUGUUAUGGUGCAUAUGAAGCCUGAACCAUAAGGAAAAAGAUACUUGUUUUACUGCAAUGCUUCGCUGAAAAAAUGUUUUAAUACAUCAAUAAUACAACUUGUGGCGGUAGGUAUACAUUAAAAGUAAACUAAUCAUUUGAAUAUGGUAUAACUUUGCUUCUAGUAAUAAUGGAAUAUUAUAGUAGCUUAAAGUAAUCAUAUAAAAAUGCAACCAUGUCUUAAAAUUAAGUAAAAAUUCUAAUUUUUAAUAACUAGUUGCAUGAUAAUAUUUAUUUAGUUUCAUACCAUUUAUUUGCAAAAUAAUGAAUCAAUAAAUUAACUAGUAACGAUUUUAUAUAAUUAAUUAAAUUUAAAAUAACUGUUAAGAUACAAAAUAUGUGUCAGCUGAGUAAUUUUAUAUAUAAAUAGUUUCAUACCUUAUACUAAAAUUAACACAAAGUUGUAAGAUCUAGUUCUUUUACUAAAGAUUUAAGUACAUAAAUAGCUGAUUUAACUAACACUUUAAAUCUAAUAUAUCAAGUAAUUUUAAUUAUUACAUAUAACAUGUGUUGUGUAUAUACGGUACUGCAGUUGAAACAUUAUAACAAUUAAUUGUAAUGACGUUUAAUUUAAUAAAAUAUGUUUCAUAAC